AACACACUGAUGAUAGUUCUCCACCUAGAGACCGAAUAAUUUCUAUCUAGACCCUCAUGGCUUCCUCUACCACCUUCUCUUAUUUCCUCCUCCUUGCCCUCUUAGCUGCUUCUCUUCAUGUUCAUGCAAGAGAUAGUCAGUUCUUUAGCAAAGUCACAAGUAACAACAUUCCCAAAGAAGUUCUCCCAACAAAACAACAAGAGCCUUUGAACAAACAAGAGCAAGAGCCGAAUUUUGUCCCACUAAACCAGCAAAACCCGGGGGGCUAUGGCCUUAACGGUCACGAGUCCGGCCAGCUUCCCCCCACCACUGAGAACCUCCCUUACAGAACCCAAACAGAAAAUUCUUACAACAAAGAAAGCAACCCUAAUUUAGUUGAUGGCCUAUACUACAACAAUGAUGCCAAUGUGAAUACAGAGUCUUACUCUAGUUCAAACAAUGGUGAUCAGUUCCGCAACAAUGAGGCUUAUGUUACUAAUCAACAAGGCAUGAGUGACACAAGGUUCAUGGAGAAUGCCUACACCACUCCGAUCACAAGCAACAACAAUGGUGAUCGGUACUACAACAAUGAUGCCUAUGUUACGAAGCCACAAGGCAUGAACAACAACAACAACGACAACAAUUACAAUGGUGAGAAUAUGUACAACAAUAGGGAGCAUGACAUUGGAGAAGCAAAGCUAGGUGUGACUAAUGGCAACAAUUACAACAAUGGAGGCAACAUGUAUGAAAAUGAGAAAAAUGGAAUGAGCGACACAAGGGUCAUGGAGAACGGAAGGUAUUACUAUGACCUUAACACCGAAAAGAAUUACAAUCUUAAUAAUUACAACAAUAAUCUCAACGAGAAUUCAAGAUCCUUCAACUCGAGAAAUGAGUAUGCCAACAACAGAGGCAAUUACCGGAACUCGUUUAAAGGGCAAAACGGAAACAAUGAGAAUUUCAUGGAAGGCUACAAUGGGAACCAAGAGGAGUUUCAGGAGGUCCGAGAUGAGCAGUUCAUGCCUUGAGCUUUUGUGUUCUAUAUUACAUGGAAUGAAUCUUAAUUAUUAAGUGUGAUUUUCAAUCUCUGUGUUGUAAAAUGUUUUAGAAGGAGAAAUUAGAUAAAUAUGUGGCUGCAGGGGCCUUCUUCUGUCAAUUGUUAUCAAUUACUGUAGUCAGUACCAACUAUGUACUGUUAUAUAGUUAAGCUCCAUGCUUGGAAUGGAAGUGUGUGUUAUUAUGAAAAUACUCUCUUUUUCUCUCGUA